AGCCUAAUUUUCUUUUCUGUUUAAUUUCGUAAUUAAUUUUUAACUAAUUAAUGGAAUUUUACAAACAAUAUUAAAAGUAAAAAAAGUUGAAAACUAAGCUCAACAAACUUAAGAAUAACUGCAAGAAAAUUUAGAAAAGCAGAAGAAUUUCCCAUAGUUUCCUUUCAAUUAAUAAAUAUUCGACUGAUUCAACUGAUAUUACUUAGUGUGUGCAAGUGCGUGCGUGUGCGACUGUGUUCUAUUUACUCUCUUGCAACGCUGCAGACGUCAAGAGCGCACAAAGCACCAAAUCAACGUCAUUUAACAAAACAAAUAAUGACGGAAUAUAAACUUGUUGUUGUGGGUGCUGGUGGUGUGGGCAAAUCUGCUUUAACCAUACAAUUGAUACAAAACCAUUUUGUAGAUGAAUAUGACCCAACCAUUGAGGAUUCUUAUCGUAAACAAGUGGUCAUAGAUGGUGAAACCUGCUUAUUGGAUAUAUUGGACACUGCCGGUCAAGAGGAAUAUUCAGCUAUGCGUGAUCAGUAUAUGCGUACUGGUGAAGGUUUUUUACUGGUGUUUGCUGUCAACAGUGCAAAAUCGUUUGAGGAUAUUGGCACAUAUCGUGAACAAAUUAAACGUGUUAAGGAUGCCGAAGAAGUGCCGAUGGUGUUGGUGGGUAAUAAGUGCGAUUUACAAGCGUGGGCCGUUAACAUGAACCAGGCACGCGAAAUAGCCAAACAGUAUGGUAUACCGUUUGUAGAGACUUCGGCAAAAACACGUAUGGGUGUGGACGACGCUUUCUACACAUUGGUGCGCGAAAUACGUAAAGAUAAAGAGCAAAAAGGGAGAAGAGGACGUAAAACACAUAAACUGCAAAAUCGGCGUUUUAAAUGCGAACUUCUUUAAUUAUACCUUAUCUGUGGGUUAAGCAGAAUGGAAUGAUUAGCUGAGCUGACUGGAGUUUCGUAUUAAUUUCUUGGAGGCAGCAUAAGAGACCGGCUUCUUAUUUCAUAUCUUCAUAAUGCCUUCAGUGGUAGUUAUUAUUAUUUUUGAAAAGUCUUGCUCUUAAAGUCAUCACUACAUCUUCAUUUUUUUCUGAAAGCAAUGCAAUAGUUUGCCACAUCUUUUUCAUUUUUUUUUUUUUUUUGCUUUAUAUUCACCGCUUACAAAGGUGAUAUGCGAAUUUUGUCUUUCAACGAGAAAUACGCUUAAGGUAAAUGCACGCAAUUCUUUUUACACGGUGGAUAAGUUUCGUAAAGGCCGCAAAAAAUGCAAUAUCUAGAACACCUCAACGAGAUAAACAUCUUAUUUUUUAAUCAUGUAACAAAAUAAAAAAUGGUAUAAAAGAGGCUACUCUCAAUUUAGUCCGCUUUAUACAACGGCCGUACAAAAAGAUAUGGAUAUAUAUAUUUGAGAUUUAGCCAACUUCAGGCCGAUAGUCCCUCUGUUUGGUUGCCACGAAAUAAUCUAAAAAAAAGAAAAAAAGUAAAUGAAUAAUAACCAUUCUUAGUCAUGCUUGAUUGUUUCCCGGUCUGAUUAUCGUAAUCACAACAUCACUUCGAGAAAAAAAAAA